CGGCUCCUCCUGCGCCCGCCCCGGCACCGAUUGUUGACAAAAGACGCUGCUAGACGGAGCCAAGGAGCCCAGCGCCCGGUACCGGUGUGGCCGAGGUGAUUCGGUUGUCGGACCGCAGCGGGCCGGUGUGAAGUGCCCCCCCCCCCCCCAAAAACACCCAUUUACCACAAACGACUGGUAUUUACCCACAAAACCAGCGGCCAACAUGGGACACUCAUUGUGAGCUAAGAGGAGGAGGAGGAGCAGGAGGCAGCGGCCUUGGGCAGGUCUAUCCAGCCGGGAAUGGUGUGAGCUGAGACGGCCAGGCAGUCUGGAUCUGAACGGGGACCCGUCAUUCCCCCGGAGCCUCCGCGGCUCCAAGCCGCGUCCUGAGCCCUCCAAGAUGGGGAAGUGCGACGGUAGAUGCACGCUGCUGGUGAUAUGUUCACUACAACUGGUGGCCGCCCUUCAGAGGCAGGUGUUUGAUUUCCUGGGUUACCAGUGGGCUCCCAUCCUGGCCAACUUCCUGCACAUCAUGGCCAUUAUCCUGGGCAUGUUCGGCACCGUGCAGUUUCGCUUCAGAUACCUCAUCUUUUAUGCAGUAUGGCUCGUCCUCUGGGUGGGCUGGAACUCCUUCAUCAUCUGUUUCUACCUGGAGGUCGGAAAUCUGUCUCAGGACAGGGACUUUCUCAUGACGUUCAACACAUCUCUCCAUCGUUCGUGGUGGAUGGAGCACGGUCCCGGUUGCCUGGUAACACCAGUCCUAGACUCUCGCAUGGCCCCCGAUGACCACCAUGUCAUCACUGUCUCCGGGUGUCUCCUUGACUACCAGUACAUCGAGGUGUUGAGUUCUGCGUUUCAGAUCUUGUUGGCUCUCUUUGGCUUCGUGUACGCCUGCUACGUGAGCAAAGUCUUCCAGGAUGACGAGGACAGCUUUGAUUUCAUCGGUGGCUUUGACUCUUACGGAUACCAGCCUCCUCAGAAGUCCUCUCAUCUGCAACUGCAGCCACUGUACACGGCUGGUUAAUCGUCAGUAGCACCCCCCUCAGGCCAAAACCCCAGCGGCGUCACUGUGGAUGGGAAGUGGCAGUGGCCCUGAUUACACUCACUCUGUGUGUCACAGUUUACCCGAGCAAUGGACUUAACCCACCCCAGAGGGAGAGAGGCGUUGUGUGCGUGUGUGCAUGUGUGCUUGUGACUGAAACGGAGAACUACAGCCCUGAUUAGAAUGUACAGAGCUCAGGGAAGAACCAGCACGACAGGUGGUCUGAUAAGAUGAGUGGAAAAGCAGGAGGCGGAG